AUGGACACUGUAACAGGAGAAUUGCAUGUUUUGAGUCCUGUUUUGAGUCCUGUUUUGAGUCCUGUUUUGAGUCCUGUUUUGAGUCCUGUUUUGAGUCCUGUUUUGAGUCCUGUUUUGAGUCCUGUUUUGAGUCCUGUUUUGAGUCCUGUUUUGAGUCCUGUUUUGAGUCCUGUUUUGAGUCCUGUUUUGAGUCCUGUUUUGAGUCCUGUUUUGAGUCCUGUUUUGAGUCCUGUUUUGAGUCCUGUUUUGAGUCCUGUUUUGAGUCCUGUUUUGAGUCCUGUUUUGAGUCCUGUUUUGAGUCCUGUUUUGAGUCCUGUUUUGAGUCCUGUUUUGAGUCCUGUUUUGAGUCCUGUUUUGAGUCCUGUUUUGAGUCCUGUUUUGAGUCCUGUUUUGAGUCCUGUUUUGAGUCCUGUUUUGAGUCCUGUUUUGAGUCCUGUUUUGAGUCCUGUUUUGAGUCCUGUUUUGAGUCCUGUUUUGAGUCCUGUUUUGAGUCCUGUUUUGAGUCCUGUUUUGAGUCCUGUUUUGAGUCCUGUUUUGAGUCCUGUUUUGAGUCCUGUUUUGAGUCCUGUUUUGAGUCCUGUUUUGAGUCCUGUUUUGAGUCCUGUUUUGAGUCCUGUUUUGAGUCCUGUUUUGAGUCCUGUUUUGAGUCCUGUUUUGAGUCCUGUUUUGAGUCCUGUUUUGAGUCCUGUUUUGAGUCCUGUUUUGAGUCCUGUUUUGAGUCCUGUUUUGAGUCCUGUUUUGAGUCCUGUUUUGAGUCCUGUUUUGAGUCCUGUUUUGAGUCCUGUUUUGAGUCCUGUUUUGAGUCCUGUUUUGAGUCCUGUUUUGAGUCCUGUUUUGAGUCCUGUUUUGAGUCCUGUUUUGAGUCCUGUUUUGAGUCCUGUUUUGAGUCCUGUUUUGAGUCCUGUUUUGAGUCCUGUUUUGAGUCCUGUUUUGAGUCCUGUUUUGAGUCCCAACACAAAGAACAUGGUGCUGACUGCCAUAUGA